AUGGCAGCCCCAGCCAACAGCUUGGCUGGUAAUUUGUUACAGAGCAAAACUAAUACAGAGAUUGAGGAGCUGGAACAUCUUGGAUGGUUGCAGCAGGAAACUCUGCAGACUGUCCAGGAGCAUGACUGUCAGCUGGGUUUGCUGGGCAGGGAGCAGGUGGUGGUGGUGGUGGUAGUGGUGGUGGAACACCAAGUGGAUUUGCUUCAGCUCAUGAUUAACUCCCGGAAUUCCAAAGAAAUGGACACCCAUAAAGAUAAGCAAGGAGAUCCUCAGAGGGCCAGUGAUGGGGAAGCUCAAAGACAUGCAGUGGUUUUGAAAUGUGCAGAAAGAUUUCCAAUGGAUGGAAUUUCUGCACAUGGAAGAAAGACACAUGUUCAGAUACAAGUGGUAGCAGAAGCACUCUCUGGAAGCCCACAGCCUCGGAAUGUCUUUCCUCUCCUUUUAGCUCUGUCUGAUCUGGAACUUAUGGCUCAAUCUAUUACCUUUAUUUUUGCUGCCUGUGACACCACAAGCACAUCUCUUUCCUUCCUUGUGUAUGAAUUGGCCACUCACCCUGAUGUCCAGCAGAAACUGCAGGAGAAGAUUGAUGCGACUUUCCCCAAUAGGGAACCUCCCACUUAUGAUGCCCUUGUACAGAUGGUGCUGAAUGAAACUCUCAGAUUAUACCCACUUUCUGGUAGACUUGAGAGGAUCUGUAAGAGAGAUGUGGAAAUCAAUGGCAUGUUCAUUCCCCAAGGGACAGUGGUGGUGGUGCCAACCUUUAUUCUUCACCAAGACCUGGAACUCUGGUCAGAGCCUGAGGAGUUCCAUCCUACAAGGUACAAGGAACCCUGGAAAAGGGAACCCACCCUCAUAUUGGAGGAGAUUCUGAUAUCUCAGUAUAGAUGACAAAUGUGUGAUUGUACAGUUAUUUAUUUGUACAUUUUUUUGCUCUUAGAAGUU